AUGGAGCCCCCAGCCGCCCCCUCGGAACGGGGCCCGUCUCUGUCCCUGCCCGGGCCCCGGGAAGGCCAGGCCACCCUGAAGCCGCCUCCCCAGCACCUGUGGCGGCAGCCUCGGACCCCCAUCCGUAUCCAGCAGCGCGGCUACUCCGACAGCGCGGAGCGCGCCGAGCCGGAGCGGCCGCCGCACCGGCCCAUAGAGCGCGCCGACGCCGUGGACACCAGUGACCGGCCCGGCCUGCGCACGACCCGCAUGUCCUGGCCCUCGUCCUUCCACGGCACGGGCACCGGCACCGGCACCGGCACCGGCACCGGCACCGGAGGCGCGGGCGGAGGCAGCGGCCGGCGCCAAGUCGCCGCCCCGCCGCCGCCGCCGCCGUCGCGGCGCCCCGUGUGGUUGUUAUUUCAUGCGUAUUGCACGCCCUGGAGAGCGAGCGCCGGGCUGGCCGACCGCAGGCUGCGCGUGGGGUCCUCGCUCUCCCGGGAUCGGAACCAGGUCGCUGUCUCCACGCGCCACCCGCCCCCAGCCGGGCGCGGCGGGGACCGCCACCUGGCGGCCGGGGGGGAACGGGCCGAAAGCCCGGCGGCGGCGGCUGAGGACGAGGCUUUCCUGCCCGAGCGCCCGGCCCCCCGCGCGCCCCGCCGCCCGCGAUCGCCGCCCUCGUCGCCCAUCUUCUUCGCCAGCCCAUCCCCAACUUUCCGCAGGCGUCUUCGGCUUCUCCGCGGCUUCCAGGAAUUUGGCCGCCAGGCGUGGGCUGGGUCUGGCUUCGAGGCUGAGAAUGGGCCGACGCCAUCCCCCAACCGCAGCCCCCUGGACUCGCAGGCGAGCCCGGGGCUUGUCCUGCACACGGGGGCGGCCACCAGCCAGCGCCGGGAGUCCUUCCUGUACCGCUCAGACAGCGACUAUGACAUGUCACCCAAGACGAUGUCUCGGAACUCAUCGGUCACCAGCGAGGUGCAUGCCGAGGACCUCAUCGUAACGCCGUUUGCCCAGGUGCUGGCCAGUCUCCGGAGUGUUCGCAGCAACUUCUUGCUCCUGACCAAUGUGCCCAUUCCUAGCAACAAGCGGUCCCCGCUGGGCGGACCCACCCCUGUCUGCAAGGCCACGCUGUCAGAGGAGAUGUGUCAGCAGUUGGCCCGGGAGACGCUGGAGGAGCUGGACUGGUGUCAGGAGCAGCUGGAGACCAUGCAGACCUACCGCUCUGUCAGCGAGAUGGCCUCCCACAAGUUCAAGAGGAUGCUGAACCGUGAACUCACACAUCUGUCAGAAAUGAGCCGGUCAGGAAACCAGGUCUCAGAGUACAUUUCCACGACCUUCCUGGACAAACAGAAUGAAGUGGAGAUCCCAUCACCCACGAUGAAGGAGCGAGAAAAACAGCAAGCGCCAAGACCAAGACCUGCCCAGCAGCCCCCACCCCCUGUGCCCCACAUUCAACCCAUGUUUCAGAUCACAGGGGUGAAAAAAUUGAUGCACAACAGCAGCCUGAACAACUCCAGCAUCCCCCGCUUUGGGGUGAAGACUGACCAAGAAGACCUACUGGCCCAAGAGCUGGAGUACCUGAGCAAGUGGGGCCUCAACAUCUUCCGCGUGUCGGAUUACGCCGGAGGCCGCUCCCUCGGCUGUAUCAUGUACACAAUAUUCCAGGAGCGGGACCUGCUGAAAACCUUCCGCAUCCCCGUGGACACGCUGGUGACGUACAUGCUGACGCUGGAGGACCACUACCACGCCGACGUGGCCUAUCACAACAGCCUGCACGCGGCCGACGUGCUGCAGUCCACCCACGUGCUGCUGGCCACGCCUGCGCUGGACGCUGUGUUCACGGACCUGGAGAUUCUCGCCGCGCUCUUCGCGGCUGCUAUCCACGAUGUGGAUCACCCUGGGGUCUCCAACCAGUUCCUCAUCAACACCAAUUCGGAGCUGGCGCUCAUGUACAACGAUGAGUCGGUGCUCGAGAAUCACCACCUGGCCGUGGGCUUCAAGCUGCUGCAGGAGGACAACUGCGACAUCUUUCAGAACCUCAGCAAGCGCCAGCGGCAGAGCCUGCGCAAGAUGGUCAUCGACAUGGUGCUGGCUACUGACAUGUCCAAGCACAUGACCCUCCUGGCUGACCUGAAGACUAUGGUGGAGACCAAGAAAGUGACCAGCUCGGGGGUUCUUCUGCUGGACAACUACUCCGACCGCAUCCAGGUCCUCCGGAACAUGGUGCACUGCGCAGACCUCAGCAACCCCACCAAGCCUCUUGAGUUGUACCGCCAGUGGACAGACCGUAUCAUGGCCGAGUUCUUCCAGCAGGGCGACCUUGAACGUGAGCGCAGCAUGGAGAUCAGCCCCAUGUGUGACAAGCACACGGCCUCCGUGGAGAAGUCCCAG